AUGGUUCGUUUACAUAUUCUGCUACUAGUUGUGUCGUCUGUGCUAGCCACAGUCUAUUCAAUAGACAACGAUCAUUUAAAUGGCAAGGAAAAUCUGAAACCUGAUGUGAAGCUACUACCCAGUUUUCUACAAAGACGACGCCACCAAGUUCCUCAUGAAGAAAUCAAAGAAGAAGAUGUUGGAAGGUACUUCCGGAGACCAUCUCGAACAACAACCGUACCAUCAAUAUUUUCAAUGAAAGUUGAAAAUAAAUAUCAACACGUGUACCCGAACGUGAGACCAUCAGACAAACAAAUUCAUCCUAAACAAAACCAUACCAAUGCCGAUGACCCUAGUGUGACUUCAAAGCCCUCCACUAAAAAUAUAUCUACGGAGCGUGUUACCUUAAAAACUAGAAAUUUAAGCAGAAGAAUACCGUUUGCUAAACGAUAUAAACCGGCUGUUGUUCAACCAAUUACAAGUUUUAAUGAUCAUCACCAAGAAGAAGACAAGGUUGAAACUGAAAUUAUAUCAACAACUACAUCGACAACUACAACUUCAACAACAACGUCAACUACACCAGAACCUGUGGUACUUGAAACUACUGAAACGGAACAAAGAAGAAAAGAAUCUGUUGCAGCUUCCCAAAAUUUGGAAUCUUUCACUUCAAAGAAAAUAAAAGACAUAAUGGCUGAAAUUCAAAAUUCCGAAGAAUUGAUUGAACAAAAAGUUACGACAACUACAAGCAAACCCAUUACCACUACCAUUAAGAAAUUUGAAGAAACUGAAUUUGUCCCGCCUUCUAUUAACGUUCCAAAUAUAACAUCUCACACCCGAAGACGACGGCCACAUUUUGCAAAAAGGGUACAUAUGCAACCUAUCAACGAAUCACUGACAAUUAAAGAUGAUGUGGCGUUGUCCACUUCUGCGCCUAUAGUAGAUGCCACUACUGAAGCGGAACAAGAAAAAAAAACAAUUCCUCCGUCUCAUGUGUCGGAUUUACCGCCUAAUGUCAAAAGCCCAAAACCACGUCGAAGACCAUUAAACAGGGAUUCACAGAACAGAGGUUCACAAAAAUUUAGAUCGGACGAGUUAAGAAAACAACAAACUGAUACAUCUCUAGAUGAAAUACAUUCAACUUCAACUCAAGAAAUUCCAUCAACUGGAAAUGUACCAAUUACUACACCAAAACCACCACCAGUACCCACAUUAUCUCCUUGGUACGAUGGUUAUGGAAAAUAA